AUGUGUGCAAAAUCUUUGCUCUUGGUAUUUGGGAUCAUCCUGAGUCUCGCCCAUCUCUCUUCCUGUCAGACCUGGGAAAAGUUUAAGAAGAAGCACAUUGUAGACACACAGAGCAUCAACUGUGACCAUGUCAUGAACAACAGUCUAUUCAUAGUAUCCGGUCACUGCAAGAAACUGAACACUUUUAUCGUUUCACAGGCAGCCACUGUGCAGGCCAUUUGUAGCAGUGUACCAGGCCAUAGCAAUGUAUCAAGUAGCACAAGAUUUCAGCUCAUCAAUUGCAUUCGUAGAUCCAAUGUAACCCCCCUUGUCCAUAUAACUCUAAAGGGGAAAGUAAUGUGAUAUGUGUAACAUGUGAGAGAAGACUUCCUGUUCAUUUUGUCAAAGUAGGAAGAUGUUAA